UCCAAGGGAUUGGGGGGUUUGGUCGUUGAUUGGGUUUUUGCAUUUCACGGACACUCGUUUCUCAUCUCGUUUGAGAAUUGAAAGGGACUCUGCUCUGCCGAGAGUCAAUUGUCAGGGCUUUCGCCUGCCCCAAUCUCUACUACCGAUGGACAAUAUCUACCACCAGGACAAUGUGCGAGCCGUUUCUAUUGCAGCGGUGGACGAGAUGACGCAGUUCAUCCGCGGCAUCUACUACCGUGCCGUGCCGUUCAUCUGCGUGACGGUGUUUGUGUGGAUCCUCCUGGCAGCAAUAGGUAUCGAACUGUACCACUACUUACUUGUUCCUUUCUACGUGCUACUGAUCUUUGCUUUCCUGACGAUGGUGGUGCUACACUGCAUCCCCCAGACCGCCAUAUGUACCCCCUGCAAUUGGAUCUUGGCAUGCUUCGUGGUGGCCAUGACUACGUUGGGUGGUGCCCAAUCCGCUACUGGCCUAGGGACGCUGCCCUUGGUUCUGGCCGUCUUCGGCGUGACUCUCAUCGUCCUCAUUCUUAACUUUUCUGGAGCGAUGUGCCCGCAGGACUUUCUCCCCGGCGGUGUGUUCUCCACGCUUUUGAUGAUCUUCUUGUUGAUAGCCCUCAUCGCCUUGGGCAUCGUCCAGUUGUGCACUGGAAAUCAAAAGGUCCUGGACGCCUUCAUCAGCAUUCUUUUCAUAAUGGUGAUCAUUGCGAUCCCCAUCCAGGCGCAGUUUAACCAUGGCCGGCUGGAUGCCAUCGAAUUGGUGCCGCAGCAACACCUCGUUGUCUGCGCCCUGACCGUCUACCUGCACACCGUAAUGUUCUUCAGCUGCAUAUGCUACUUCAUCAAGGUAGAAGAGAAGAAGGCCGCCACGGCCCCUUCUACCACUUCAGAGUAUUACUAGACGAAUGACUGUAUUCGAUGACUGUAUUCUCCAUGAGACUCCAGGGGAAGAGGGUUAGCCAAGCCCCUAAGCAAAGAGCACACAGAUUUGCUGACCAAGGAGGAAGGGAUGUCAUCCCAUUACAGUCCUGAUCUAGUCUCUAGCUCACUGGACCGCGAUAAAAAAAAUGGAAUCCAAAGAACCAGAGCUUUCUUAAUAGCUGACUAUCUGCGACUAUGAAUCUGUGAUUCAUACAAAGUGUAGUGCUAAAGUGACAAUAAAAUGAAUAUAUUUUUUAAAGAACAUUUUUAUAAUAAACAAUAAAAAGUAAUCUUUAUUUUUCAUUCAACUUUUUAAUUCAACUGGCUUCCAACUUUAUGGCGGAACAGCUUACAGAUAAUAUUAAAAAUGAAUCCUAAACAAACAUUUGGUUUCAAUUCUACAAUCUGGUGGACCUUAUGCCCACAGUAUUAAGCUGUCAACCGAGGAUUACGGUCGGGUUCAGUUGGACAGGAUAUUUUAUCUGAACGUCCACAGUUACACAGCGCUAGCUUUGGUUAUCCGGUGGAUUGGAUUCGAGGAUUGUCCAAAUUUCCCUAUGGACGUCAAGAAUGUUUCUCUGCAGUUGGCCCAGGGACUCCUGCACUGUCUUCGCGACUGCUUCACACCUGCUUGGAGUUCCAGGAUCACAAAUGAGAGUAAAAUGCAGCUAUGGAGCCCACCGUAUUAUUGAUGGGGACGACGUUUCGACGCCCGCACAUGUAUGUGGUCAGAUCGAGGGUUGGGGAGAUUGUCAAUGUCAUGGAUUACAACGUUCGUAACUCGUAAAAAUGUUUCUUUUUGAAAUACACAACCUGUAGAGCAAAGGGAAAAAAAGUUUAGUACAUAAAACACCUUCUUAGGACCUAUUCUUGAUUCAGAUAAUAGUAAAAAGUAAUCAGUUAGUGCCUGUUA